CCAACUGAACACACCUCAACAAGCACCAAGAGCAGCACAUCAACUCACAGGAAUUCAGAGUUGUAACUUUUUCCUUCACGGGAUUGCGAAGAAAACAGCAAUCAGACACUGGAAAAGACUUUUAACCUGCUGACACUAGCUUUGGUUGGACAUUGGACUUUCACUCUUUCUGUUUUUGGAGUGAUUUUUGGACACUGUUGAGAGAGAAGACGAGUUGAUUCAUGCUCUCUACUGACAUAAACAUUUGUUGAUUAUCGAGAGACUUUCUAUAAGCAACUGGUAAGCUUACUUUUCUCCUACGACUUUAUGUCUACAAAGAUGGAACAGCCUUUCUAUCAUGACGACUCUUUUCUGUCGGCUUACGGCCACUCAGAUGCAGCAAUGCACGACUACAAACUGCUAAAGCAGAAUAUGAAUUUGAACUUGACAGAGCCAUAUCGCAACCUGAAAUCCCAGCUGAGAGCCGAGCUAGACCCGUACCAGGGGGGGCACCAAGACGUGGGCUCCCUGAAGCUGGCAUCCCCAGAGUUAGAGAGGCUCAUCAUCCAAAACGGUAACGGUGUGAUCACCACUCCCACCCCGGGACAGCACUUCUACAACCGGGGCAUCACCGAUGAGCAGGAGGGCUUCGCGGAGGGGUUUGUGAAAGCCUUGGACGAGCUGCAUAAGAUGAACCAGAUGCCUCCUCCUAAUGUGUCCAUCGGAGCCGGUGGAGUUACGACGUGUCCGCCGGCGGCCUCUAGCGUCUUCGGCUCCGCCUUGCAGCCGGAGCCUCCUAUCUACACAACACUGAACGCCUACUGCCCGAACACAAGCCUCUCUUCCGCAUCCAGCUACCCCACAGCCACCAUCAGCUACCUGCCGCCCCACCAGCAGCAGCCCUCGACGCACGGCGCGCACCCGUUCCAGCACUCUCACCCGGUCUCCGGGCUCCAUCCGCAGCGGCUGGUCGCUCUCAAAGAGGAGCCUCAAACCGUGCCUGACCUCCUCAGCAGCGACGGCUCGCCUCCGAUGUCCCCCAUCGACUUGGAGACGCAGGAGAGGAUCAAGGCGGAGCGCAAGAGGCUGAGAAACCGGCUCGCUGCCACCAAAUGCCGGCGGCGCAAGCUGGAGCGCAUUGCCCGGCUGGAAGACAAGGUGAAGGGGCUGAAGAACGACAACGCGGGGCUCUCCAACACAGCGUCGGUGCUCCGGGAUCAGGUCGCCCAGCUCAAACAGAAGGUCCUGACACACGUGAGCAGCGGCUGUCAGCUGAUGCUCACAAGCAAACUGGAGGCAUUUUAAAACACCAGAGACUACUAACUGACUGAAAAGUAAUAACACUGGACUCGUGUUGUGCACAGCAGCACUUGGAUGAAGUGUUGUCAGCAGCACAGGGCCGAUGGCUGUGUGGAGACAACUCUUUAGGCUGAAGAAAGACUGAUUGACAUGGUACUUCCGGAUGCUGGACAUCGCUCAUAGCACCAUUCAAGCCGUAACACCUGGGGCAGCAUCCAGACUGGGCAGACACUGAGCAGGCCCACCAUAAGUUUACUAAUGGUAGAAAAUGGGAAUGAUUAUUGUAUUUCUUUGUACUUUUUUGCAGCUAAUAUUGUCAUGCAAUGCUGCAUUUAUUCAUUAUGUAAAUUAUUUUUGUUUGUCCGGUUGAUCCAGACAAACUAAUGAUGUCCAAUGUUUACACUGUCUUUUUUAUUUGUGAUGUGUAUUUAAGUAAAGUGACUUAAAAUGAA